GCUUGGGAGGAAGAUACGGGUCAGUGGGGCGAAGUAACGGGAUUUUCAGCGUAAAUUGUUUACGGUGGUGAAGUUAUUGGUCGGUAAAUGUCAAUGUAAAAUAGCGAGCAGUUAGCUUAUCUCCGGGGUCCCUAGGAACAGCCGAGAGAACAAAAAACCCACCACGCCGACUAGAGAGUAUUGUUAAUGCCAGCUAACUCCAGAGUAGGAGGGAUGUAGCUGCGCUCGUUCAGCUGCGGCUUCACAGGUGACAUGCUAUUUAAUUAAUGUUUAAUAGCCGCACAGCUAGCACCAGGCGGGCUAGCCGGGCUCUUUCUCUGGUUUCCUAAUACGCGACGACUCGCCUUGGGUUAAAGAGAAGACGCCCUCAUUCUCGGCCACCUCCAUCCUCCAUCAUCGCACGCAGCGCCCCGAUGCCUAACACAUCAGAAGGUCAAGCAGCGAAUCUCCCCCGGCCCGCGGAGCAUUCGGAGCUGCAGAGGCCCGCGGAGAGGGAGGAGGAGGACCAUGGGCUGAUCAGCUCUCUCGCCCGGGACGCCGCGAGGCUGAGGCGGGCUUCGAGUGCUGAGCUUCACCUGCAGUGGACCUGCCCGGUCACACACUCCCGGGAAAAGUUCUACACGGUCUGCUCCGACUACGCUUUGCUCAACCAGGCGGCCUCCGUGUACUGCUGUCCGCCGAAGGUGACCAGGAACAAGCAGGAGGACGGGGCCCCGCACGGGAAGCCCAAAGCCUCCUCGGACUUCAGCGGCGGUCACAUUGGAGGGGGUCCUGUGGGGUCGGACGGGGACUGCGACGUGGAUGAGCUGUCCUCCGGCCACGCUAAGCCUCUUCUAGCCUGGGAGAUUGACACAGCGGACUUUAAUACAGUAUUCACUAGGAAAAUAAGAACCAGCAAUGGGAAGAAAUGCAGCUCUAAGAAGAUGAGGGCUUCAGACAGACCCAGCAGGAAUCUGCAGGAUGUCCCUGUUCUUGCAUCCCUGGAGGAGAUCAAACAGAGGAAAGUGCUGGACCUCAGAAGAUGGUACUGCAUCAGCCGGCCGCAGUACAAGACGUCUUGUGGCAUCUCCUCUCUGGUGUCCUGUUGGAACUUCCUGUACAGCACUCUGGGUGCAGGAAGCCUGUCGCCCAUCUCUCAGGAGGAGGCGCUGCACAUUCUGGGCUUCCAGCCGCCUUUCGAAGACAUCAAGUUUGGCCCUUUCACCGGCAAUGCCACGUUGAUGCGGUGGUUCAGGCAACUCAACGACAAUUUCCGAGUGCGAGGUUGCUCCUACAUUUUGUACAAGCCUCACGGUAAACACAAGACGGCUGGAGAAACGGCUGAAGGUGCGCUGAUGAAGCUGACCCAAGGCUUGAAGGAUGAGUCCAUGGCCUACAUUUACCACUGUCAGAACCAUUACUUCUGCCCAGUGGGCUUCGAGGCUACGCCACUGAAAGCAGCAAAGGCCUACAGGGGUCCUCUGCUCACAAAUGAAAUGGAGCACUGGAUCUUAAUCGGCGAGCCCAGUAGGAAACAUCCAGCGAUCCACUGUAAAAAAUGGAUGGACAUCGUGACCGACCUCAACACGCAGAAUCCAGAGUACCUGGACAUCCGUCAUACAGAGAGGGGACUGCAGCGCCGCAAGACCAAAAAGGUGGGCGGCAACCUGCACUGCAUCAUGGCCUUCCAGAGGGUGAACUGGCAGAAGCUCGGCCCCUGGGCUCUAAACCUGGAGAAUCUGUGCCACGACUUCCAUCAGCCGGCCUCGGACCGGGCCCACGGGAGCGUGGCCGACGACUCGGAGGAGAGGACGCCGUCCAAACGCCUGGCUCAGCUGGGACGCUCGCACAGCAUGGGGAGUCAGAGGGACACCUGCAGCUGGAAACGGCUGUCCAACACCACAGAGUACAGACAGAGGGGCUCCCCCGAGAGCGACCUGGAGGAGGACAUCACAGACUGAGACGCUUCCUGUGGACAUGCAGGGGCGGGACGUCAUGACAACCGACGACAAGAUACAGAGCAGAUGAUUCUACAGGAUAGGCCCCCUAAAAAAACCUUGCAAAGUGUUGGUUCAGCUCAUUGUUUUAACAGUUUUUAUUUGUAGUUUUUAGGAAAUAUUUAAAUAGCGUUUAAAGGUUUUUGUUGGUGUUGGGCGUUCCUUUGACCUGAUCACAUCUAAAAUCCUUUUUCCUGUUUUGUGUCCCCACAUACGGGAACAAUCCCCUAAGCUGUGACUUUAUUUUUCCGGUUUCAGGAGUGACCCAAAGGCUACAGGAGCUUCAAAAUAAGCGUUUCCACUGUUUCAUCUUAGCACUGCCAAAGGAUUUUCUUUCUUUCCACAAACAAUAUAGCAAGGUGAACCAGGACUUCUCCAGCCACUGGAAACAAAUUCCAGUCCGAAUAGAAGCAACUGGUCGGAAAAUCCCAUCCAAACUUUUUUCGAUCAGCUCUAGAACUUGCACUGACAUCAACACUCUUCGGCGUGAAAGCUAUCACUGAAUGAAGAAGACGCAAUCUUAACUGUUAUUAGUUUCCGGUCCAUGGACGGGGAGUAGAGAUACAAACACUGUCAUCUUUUGCAACAUUCAUAAAAGAUAAUGGCAAAUCAUGAGGAGGGAAGAAUUUACUACAACAGCGUAUUAGGGCUGUUGUAGAUGGAGAGAGAGAAAAAAACACAUUUCUGCCAAAAAUCUCGGGAAUUUUUAGAUUAAUCUCAGAAAUGUUCUAGAAAGACGAGGAAAUUUCUGAAUUCCAAAUGUCUAAAAUUUGAGAGAGAAAAACCCAAGUUUUGAGAUUAAUCUCGGAACAUUGAUUGGAAAAACAAGGAAAAUUCUGAGUUUGGAAAGCCAAACAUUUUCUACUUUUUGAAACUCAAAAUUUCCAAGUUUUUUCUUUUCUCAAAAUUGCAGUUUUUUUCUGGGAAAUUUUAAACUUUAGAAUUUUUUUAUUUUAUUUAUUCAUUUAUUUAUUUUAGAAAAAUUCUGCAAUUAAUCUGUAAUGUCUUUUGGCAGAUAUUUACUAUUUUUUUCCCAUCUACAAUGGCCACAUGUAUUUAGACGAGUGUUUGGUAAAGUUUCAGAAGUAAACACCGAGUUGCAUCAACACUUUUGAAGGUUUAAAAACUUACUUUAAACAUCAAAUCUUGAGAAGUUUUUUUGUUGUUUUUUUUUUUAGUUCAAUCACCCCUGAAUGUAGCCAACAUGCCUGCAUUCAGCACUGCUGCUCUUAGCCGUCAUCUCUUCAUCGUGAACACAGUUCCAGGUCUUUCUCUUCACCUUAUCCUGGCUGCGGUAGAACUGUGGGCUUCAUAUUGAGCUAGAUCUGCCUAGAAAAUGCACAACAGCAUUACCCACAAUCCCGUUUGGUUCAGAAAUGACGCACCAACAGGGUUUAUUGUACAGGUACAGUCAGUGGAAAUGUCUCCCGCCUGGUUCGCAGUGGUUUAGUGGAAAUGGCGUCCAGUCAAAGUGUUGUGAAAGCGGCCAACGUUCUCCUGUGACUCGUGAAAUCCUCCAGUAACAGAUAGGUGGAUCGCCAUGGUUUUGUUUUGUCUUUUUUGUAAAGAGCUGUAUAUGCGUGUCACAUCUCUUUAAAAAUGUGAUCCUCAUGUUUUCAUUUCUGGGAACACGGUUUGGUUUGCAGCUUUGUGAUACCGUCUGUGUUUCAGCUAACACAGAUGUGAUGAAGGAAGCCUGUUCACGUGGAUUCUUGUAGUUAUUCAUUUUACAAUAAAAUCAGAUUUUUUUUUAAAUAA